GCCAAGCAGACGUUACCAGUUGGUAUCAAGUCAGCCAAAGAUCAUUGCGCUGCUUCCACAUUUUCGGUUAACUGGCUUUUUGGCAUCAAAGAGGAGGAAGAGGGUCCCCAAGAGGAUUUUACAGAUUAAGUUAUACCCCAAACUACUUGAAGUUAUUUCCUCUUUUAUUUUAAUUUUAUUUCACUGA